AUGUUGCUUCAGUAUGAAGAUCAAGCUGAAUUUGAUACUGCUUAUCGCCUCAACCUCUGUGCUGCGUUUGAAGAUGCACUCAAGUUUGGCAGUUUUGUAGAAACACUCACAAGGGUUGCUGGCUAUCAUCAGGUACAGCUUCCCGCUUGCGAGUUAUCGACAAAUACCACUUCUGACUCUGAGAAUGAAUAUGAUAUGGAGCAUAUUGUUGAAUCGGGAUCCGAAAAGGGGAUGAUUCCGCUGAUUAAGUUGACUGAAGGACGUCCUUUCCGGCGUCGCGUUCGAUCCCUUAUUCGGAACGUCACUCUUCAGACUGUGGUUGGUGCCCGUGGUGCUGCUCAAUAUGUGAACGUGGGACAAUUGGCAGCUAUACAGGAUUUCUUUACUGGCGGUUAUUUGAUGACACACAAAGACACUUUCUUCCCCCGCGCUGAAGUUCAUCGUUUUGCUGCAGCAAUUAUUGAUGUUUCUGCAAAGCAACAAACUCGGAUGUUUAUCCCACCACCUGCGAUCUUAAAACCAGCAGAGCUGUGGACGGGCAAGCAGCUUAUUGAAUUGAUCAUUCGGCUUGAUACGGAUUCUGAGAUAAAUUUGAACUUGAAGACGAAGAACAAAAGC